AUGCAGAUCAUAUUGCUACUUCUCGUAGUAGGCAGCGCAUUUGCCGACUACGACACUCAGUACUCGGGUUAUGGCAACAAUAAUCCUUCCGCUGUUCAAAGUAUGGCAAACAGUUCUCCUAGGAAUCAACCCGUCGACUAUACCAGCAAUAAUGCGGGGGGCAGUGGCGGACAUGAUAAUCAGGGCGGAUCUGGAGGAGGUGCACCUUCCGACGUUGGUGCUUCAGGUGGCGGUGCAGCUCCCGCUGCUCCUGCUGCUCCAGGAAGUGGAUACAAUCCAUUCACUGUCCCACUGCAAGCGCAGUCAAGUCCUCUAUUCCUAGGGGGUCCACAGCUACAGAGCAGCCCUAUGGGAGGAGGAGGAGGAGGAGGAGGAGCAGCUGGUGGGGGAGCGCCAGCAGAUGAAAACGCAGAGUUCGGGGUUGUUCUUACACCAACAGGAGGAGGUGGUGGAGGCGGUUCUGCACCACCAAGCAACGAGGGAGGUCAAGGAGGAGGAAGUCAUGGAGGAAAAAGCGGACAGCAAAAUGGCGGUUACAGGCGAUACAAUCGUUACAUGAUGCAAAUCUUCUAA